GUUCGCCUCCUCGUAACACGACUUACGUCUUUCCGGUCACUAUCAAACUUCCUUUAAGAGCGUCGGUGUACGGGAGCAAGGAAGAGAAAAAUGCUAGCCUCCAGAGCCCUUCGCCUUGUUGGCAAACGUGCCAUUUCCACGUCUGUCUGUGUUCGUGGAGAACAUGGUGUUGCUAAGGUAGAGAACUACACUCUGCCGGCCUACUUUGACAGGCGGGAGAAUCCCCUCCCAGAUGUCUGCUAUGUGCAAACCCUGAGUCCAGAGCAGGCGUCCCUGAAGGAGAAGGAGAAGGGCGCCUGGGCUGGACUCUCUGAUGAGGAGAAGAUUGCAUUGUACCGCAUCAGCUUCAAACAGAGCUUUGCUGAGAUGACCCAGGGAUCGCAAGAGUGGAAAUCUGUGGUUGGAGGGAUGUUUUUCCUAGUCGGCUUCACUGGCCUGGUUGUGCUCUGGCAGAGAAUGUAUGUGUAUGGACCCGUCCCACACACAUUGGCGGCCGAGUGGAAAGAGAAGGAGCUGCAGAGGGCAUUGGACAUGAAAAUGAACCCAGUGGAGGGAUACGCAUCCAAGUGGGACUACGAAAACAAGCAGUGGAAAAAGUAAAGGACCCAUAAGACCAUAACCCACUUGAAGAUAAGGGCAGACCAACUCAAAGAUACAAGAAUACCCAUAUUUCUGUAUCUAUCAAUUGUUCACAUUACCUCAGUCUCUGCAUUUUGGAAGGCCUCUUCCUCUUAUGUUCAUUGUGUAUUAUAGAAAUAAAAAUACAAAUGGUUAAACUGAUAAAA